CCUUGUGAUUUGUGCAGCCGACGCCAACAACAAGCCGAACUACAUCGCCAACGGCAAAGAAGCCAAAAAACGCCGCUACAUGGGUAUCACCAUGCUGCCGUUGAACGAGACCAUCAUCAUGGAGCUGAAGGACAAGAUCGCCGACUUCCCGGACAUCACCGGGGGCGUCUACGUACACAAGGUUGUAGUCAGCUCGCCUGCUUAUGCAGGCGGGCUGCACGCAGGAGACAUCAUCGUUGACAUUAACGGGUUCAAAAUCGAAUCCGCCGCUGAUGUUUUCGAGGUCUUGGAAAAAUCCGAGAUUCUUCGAGUCACAGUCAUCAGGGGCAGAUAUAAAGAGAUGUAUUCUGUUGUCACGGAAACGUUGUAG